AUGAAGAAAUUAGGAAAAAUCAAACUCAAAUCAGGCAAAACUAAAAAUAAAGAGGCAUCGAACCAAGUGCCCAAAGAUAACAUUCCAAAUGGGACUGAAGAGAGUAAGCUAUUGACCGGAAGAUUGGUUGAAGUAAAACUCGGAAAACCAGUGUAUGACGUAACUUUCAAGACCAUCAAACUGUUGACCAUGCUAAGUUUAAUCUUCAUAUUCUGCAGCAUAAUAUUUUCCUUGAAGCUGUUUUCUUCUUCAGUCAGUAUCAAGAAUCACCUAGGAUCAUUCAUCAACAUGAUCUCAAGUGGGGAUGGUGAAAAACUUCCUCUUCUUCAAUCUCUCCCAGUGUUGUUCUUCUUGAUCCUGGACGUAAUAUUAGCUUUCUUUCUCUUCAAACUGUUCGACAGGAACAGAAAGUCCAAGUUCAAUUAUCUCCUGUACAUCUUCAUCAUGAUAGCAGUGGGUUUGGUUUUCGUCACUCUGGUUCUGAUUAUCGUCGUUCUCAAUCACGUUUACGGGUCACAUGCGAAUUUACACGACGGAAUUGUAGAAGCGAUGAGUAAUUACUCGACCAAUUCCUUGUUCAAAAGGAGGAUCGACCGAUUGCAGAUCGAGUUCCAGUGCUGCGGAAGCAAAAAGUACGACGAAUGGUACAACAUAACAUGGUACGACACCAGUUUAUCGAAGAAGAAAGGGGCUAAAGAUAGUGCCCAAGGAAAUGCUCCGUUCAGCUGCUGCUCUAUUACUUCGCUCUUUCCGUGCAUUCACCAUAAUAUCGAAAGUACAGGAAAGGCGUACCUCUACACCCCCGAACAAAAUCUCAGUAUUUCAACCAGUGGUUGUUACGAUAAGCUCAAGAAGAGGACUGAAGAAGUCGGAUGGGGAAUUGUUGGGAAUUUGAUGUUGUAUAUCUUGUUGCAGUGUGGACUGAUCGUUUGUUUGAGAUUUUUGCAAACAGCACACUUUGCCAAAUUUAUGUUCGAUGGACAUAGUAGGCUGUACACUGUGUGGCUUUUUGGAUGUGGGUCGGUUGUCAAAAAUGUGCAAACUGAGACUCCUAUGCUGCCCCCUGUUCCAGAAGAUUUGAUGACAUUUUGA